AUUUUAUUCGAUGAUGGGAGAACUUGCAAUCAGCCCAGAAUGUCUGAUAGAAGAUGAUUUUGAAGAUGCUGUUGAUUAUGUCUAUGACUUGGAUGAUAAAGGCUGCCGUAUUUUGCUCGGUCGAGGCACAUUCGGUGCAGUGUAUGCAGCUCGAGAUAACAAAACACAAGUCAAAGUGGCAGUCAAGGAGGUGCCAGAAAAGUUCCAACAAGAGGUGCAACCACUUCAUGAAGAAAUAAAACUCCACAUGCGGCUAAACCAUAAGAAUAUUGUCAGAUACCUUGGCUCAGUCAGUGAGGAUGGGUUCUUUAAAAUUUUCAUGGAGCAGGUUCCAGGAGGAAGCCUUUCCCAGUUGCUAAGAUCCAAGUGGGGUCCUUUGAAAGAUAACGAAGCUACAAUAGCUUUCUACACAAAACAGAUUCUUGAAGGACUCAAAUAUUUGCAUGAUAACAGAAUAGUGCACCGGGAUAUCAAAGGAGACAAUGUGCUGGUCAACACUUACAGCGGGGUACUGAAAAUCUCGGACUUUGGCACCUCCAAGAGGUUGUCAGGCAUUAAUCCUUGUACUGAUACAUUCGCAGGCACUAUACAGUAUAUGGCCCCCGAGGUGAUUGACAAGGGCACCAGAGGUUACGGGCCACCUGCAGACAUUUGGUCCCUUGGUUGUACUGUGAUUGAGAUGAUUACUGGGAAACCUCCUUUCAUUGAGCUUGGUUCUCCUGAAGCUGCCAUGUUCAAAGUUGGAUUUUUCAAAAUGCAUCCUCAAAUUCCAGAGUCAAUGUCAGAGAAGGCAAAAGAGUUCCUUCUUAGAUGUUUUGAGCCAGAAUCCCAAAACAGGGCUACGGCUACAGAAUUAUUGCAGCAUCCAUUUCUGUUUGAAAACCUGGGAACAAGAAGGAAGAGAGCUAGAAAAACUAAGGAUGAACACCAUGAUUUUCUGAGAAGUGUCUCAGAACCCAUGGGGAAAAACAGAGGCAACGAUGAGCUGAAGCUGAGAAUUCCCAGAAUUGCCAAACUGCGAUCGGAAGUUGUUGGCAGUCAUGAGAACCUUGCUGAUGAUCUUGACACCAUUGACGAGGGGCGCUCUGAGUCAAACAUGUCAACGGACACCAGCCCAGUGCAGACCUACCUGCUGUCCCCAGAUAUCGACACUCAUGAAGCCUCCUAUAUGAGAGAAGGUGGCUUCUAUUUGUUGAGGAAGGACUCUGAGAGGAGACAGACGUUAGUGCAUAUCCUGGAACAAGACUCACAAAAGAUUUGUUACAAUUGGCUUGUGAUGCUACAUAGAGACGCCACCAUAUCCAGCCCCAAACUGACUUCUGAACAUCUGCUGGGUUUGCUUACCGGAAUCAAGGGCUACAUUUUAGACCAAUCAGUCCAGUCCAUCAAGGAAGCUAUAGGUCGCCUGCGGGAGUUUGUCCAGUUUGAUCCUACAGCACUCAUGGAGAUUCAGCUAGCCCUAUAUGUCUUCCAAGAUGCAGUGAGCAUGAACUUGAGGGAACACAGUAUCAAACCUCACUGGAUGUUUGCCUUAGAUAACCUUCUGAGAAGUGCUGUCCAGGUGGCAAUCACAGUUCUGUCUCCAGAACUUGGUGCCAAUCUGGCAGGUGAAAACAGAGUAGAUGAUGAAGUUGUCACAUCUGGAGUAUCCUCUGCCAACUCGGUGAGAGUUCAGUCCUACCACAGACGAGCAGCUGAUGAACUAGUGACGCAAGUCUCACAAUUACAGGAGGAGAAUGUCAGGUUGUUACAAGAGUUGCUGGAGUCACAUAAACACUACCAGACCUUGCUGCAUCAGUCACUACAAGACAAGAAGAUGUCGAUGCUACAGCUGAGGGUGAUACUCACGGGUCAAGGAAGUGCUGGAAACUCUAGAGAAACAUCACCAGCACCACUGGAUUCACCACAGGAAGGCAGCAAGAACUUGCAGGAUUCCUCUUCAUACGAUCAGACACUGGUGUCCUGGCUGCAGAAUUUACAUUUGGAUCAGGAAAGUAUACAGACUAUUUGUGAGGAAGCUUACACACUUAAUGACAUUUUAGAGCUCCUAACAUGGGAAGAUAUACGACAGUUGAGUAUACGUGGAGGUUAUAGGUGCCGUUUGUGGCGUGCUGUUCUUGAUCACAGGAGAAAGGAUCGUGACAAUGGCUAG